UCCGGCGAGUCGCGCGAUACCGAUGGUCCUGACGCUUCGCGGCCGCGAAUCGCCGAGCGCUGGAAGCGGACGGUGCUAUUCCGAAUAAAACGGACACCGGGGCGACGUCGUCGUCGCGACUCCCCUCACGCGUUCCCCUCCGACUCUCCCGCCGGAAAUUCGUACCGUGGGUGACGCGGAAAGUGCGUUUUCCUUGCUCGGAGCCGCGCGGAAAGUGCGUCUCUCUCUCUCUCUCUCUUUCUCCGGUUGGCGCGCGCUCGUGCAUCUCGGUCGGAGAUCCGAACGGAGGAGGACGACGACCGGAGAUGGAGAGGAGGCAGCGUCGUCGUCGUGACUCGACCAGCCUCCAAGGUUGAAGGCCCAACGCGAAUACACAGCCGCCACUGGAAAAUAUGGGCUCGGAAGCCUGGGAGCUGGAAAGGAGGUACUCGGUGCCGGGAGCCUUGGACACCAGAGGCCUCGAGCCGCCAGCCAGCGAGGAUCUGCACGCAUGGUCGAUUUACAGGCAAAACCUGAACUCCGACUUCACGGACUCCGCGCUCGGCUCCGCCGAGAAGUCGCCGCUGCCCUACGGGAAUUUCCAGCUUCGCGACUCCACGGUGCAGAGCAUACUGCGGCAUCCGCGAUACGGGCCGAAGAGCCCGCUGGCCAAUAAUUCUUACACGUACUUGAAAUUCGGCUUGCCGCGCGUUCUGCCGCCCAGUUCGCGGAAUCGCGACGGUUCCAGUGGCUAUGACUCCAGCGAGGAAGGACGACGCGUGUCGCACGCAGAUAUCUUGAAAACAGAAUUCCACAGUGUGGAGGAAACAAUGUCUGGUCGUCUACUUACCAGUCAUGCCCAACACGCAGGUGCUCCUGUGAAUGCGACUUCAGUUAUGCGUUCGGCCAGAAGUGAUCCGGAUUUCAGGCAUGUCCACGCUAUGCCGAGGGAGCAGGCGCACUCUCAGUUGACUGUGGCGAGGGACCAUCCGAGACUGAGGAGUGCCAGCGAGGCCAAUCUUCUGCAGAGCGCAAUCAGGACCAACCGUCGACAUAGCAUCGCACCGAUCGACCCUGGAUACAUAGCGCAUGGGCACGGUAUUCUUGGGCCGGAAGGUUACACGCUGCCAUUGAGACCCGUGCCGUGCCUGCAGCAUCCGCAUUUGCAGCUGCGAGGUGUGGAGGCAUCGGGCUCGGACGGGCUGCCACUUCUUCGCGGUAUCACCUUGGAAGCCGGUGCCGCCGAGGUGCUGGCCGUCAUGGCGACUACCGAGAAAGAAGGCACGCAAAUCGUCGAGACAAUUGCUGGCAGAAGGCGCAUCAAGAGAGGCGAUAUUCUGCUCAACGGAAGAUCCGUAUCGGCACGUACCCUGAGAUCUCGCGUUGCUUACCUGCCAACGGAGAGCGGCCUGAGUCCCGGCUUGACGGCUCAACAAACCCUGAGCUUCUACAUGCUGCUGAGGGGCGGCAACAACACCACCACGCUCGAGGCCGAGGCGAUUCUGCAGGAGCUCGGCUUGGAGGCGACCAAGCACUGCCUGGUGAACACUCUGACGACCUCCGAGGCCCGACGCCUGGCUCUCGCGUGCCGGCUGCUUCAGGACUCGCACAUCCUCGCCUUGGACAGACCCACGCACGGUCUGGACAUCUUCGACGCCUUCUUCCUGGUCGAGUACCUGAGACAAUGGGCUAGCCGUGGUCAGCGGCUCGUCAUCCUAACCCUACAUCCGCCCACUUAUGAGAUCCUGACGAUGGUGUCGAGGGUCGCGCUCACUUCCGGCGGUCGAGUCAUGUACUCCGGACCCAGAAGAGACAUGCUGCCAUAUUUUGCGCUCGCCGAGUUCCCCUGCCCUCCGUUCAAGAACCCGUCCGACUAUUAUCUCGAUUUAGUGACGCUGGAUGACCUGUCGGCGGAAGCGAUGCUGGAGUCCUCGCAAAGGAUAGACCACUUAGCGGAGUUGGCCAGAACGAGACUGCCACCUCUCAGUGAUCCCGGACCGCCCGGUGCGCUACCUCCGCCGACGUCCGGUCCUAACAUAUUUACGCAGAUCUACGCGUUAUUAUUGCGAACGUUGAUCUACAGCCAACCGUGGACGUUGACACGAUUGUUGCGCAAGAUUAUCAUCUCGGCGUCACUCAGUAUCCUACUCGGCGCGAUAUUCUGGGACGUGGCCGGCGAUUCGAAUUUAUAUCUGAGGGACAGAAUAGGCUAUCAUUACGCUAGUUUGGGAAUCUUUUUUUGGCCCCUGAGCCUCUUGGCGAUGUGCGAGGUCGCUGACAGCAGACCAAACGUCGAAAGGGACAUUCGGGACGGGCUCUACGGUAGAUUUAUUUACAUCCUUAUAGAGCUAAUCUGCAGCGUGCCGUCCUGGUGCGCGGUCUACCUGAUAUACUUGGCGCCAGCGUUCGCGAUGUCGGGUCUGCAUCUCGUGCCGGACGAAAACCUAACGUCCCUGUGGAACUACCUCGCCAUCGGCCUGCUGUACCUGAUGCUGCAGCACCUGGUCUGCGUGUUCUUCGCUCACAUAUGCAAAUGGACGUACCUGUCGGCGUUACUCGCCGGCAUCGUGGUGGGCGAGACCACCUUGUCCGGCGGCGUGGUGCUGCACAUGGACAAUCUGUCGUCGUGGUACCAGAAGAUCAGCCCCAUACAAUGGUCGUUGUCGAUGCUGUUGCCACGUCUGUACAGGACCGAGAGCAUGAGCAAACUCACCAACUGCAAGCCGAAGCAGAUCCAACGGCAGGACAUUAUCAUCCAGGCGGCUUGCGAGCCCCCGGACGGCGCGUUAGCCCUGCACGAGGUCGCCCUCGACAGGCUGAACGUGCGCGGGGAGCUGUGGCUGGGCAUCGGUGUGGCUGCAAUGGCCCUGCUGAUUAUUCUGGCUUUCUUGUGCUUCAAGUACGCCACCCCGAAGAGGCCCAGAAGCGCCCCGAACAAACCCUGAUCAACUCGCGGGGGUCGAGGGGAGUCGCGUCUUUUACUCGCGAGCUGCAGAAUCGAGAGACUGUACACUUCCGGGUGCCACGAAGGUCGAUCUAUAAGUGUUCGCGUGCUUUUAGUUAGCCUCCUUUGUUACGACAGAGAAGACGCUCUGGGGUCGUCUUCGACUCGUUCUUCGAAUCUUUCAUUCCAUAACGAGAAAUAGACCCCGUAGACCCUUGGUGGUCUACUUUUUCGUUCUUCUUUUUUUCUUUCUCCCUUUCCCUUCUUUUUAUUUUUUACUCCGUCGCACUCGUAAAGUCUUGUUUUCGCGUCUACCCCGCUGCGAUUCUUUAAAGGGACGCACUUUAGGGACUCGCAGGGUAGACAGGCGGUACUGCGGAGUACAAAGCUCGAGAAGACGCUCAUCCCGUGCAAUAGGAGGCCGCCGUUGUAGACGACAAAUAAACACGCUUAAUACUUCGUAUAUUGUCUUAACCGAUACGUAUCGUUGUAAUCGUAUGAAAUAAACAUUCUUAUGAAACGAAAAAUAUCUUGGCCCAUCCUUUGAUUUUACAUACACACGUACACAUAUACGUUCAGAAAUCGUGAAACGGUUGAAAAUUGUGGUUCUAUGAUUUUAAGUCGAUGUCCA